GCUGGUAAAGUGUUGCAAGGAAGAAUGAACCCAUUUGCUUCUUUUGAAGUUCUUGUUCUCUGUUUAGGAUUCUCUCUCGUUGGCUGCUCAGCAAUUCCGAAAAAUGAAGGCAAGUUUUUAGGGCAAAUGCUCAAUAAUUCCAUCUUCUCUUCAGCUGAUGGUUUAAUUGCUUUCAAGAGAGCUAUUAUCGAGGACCCCUCACUAGCUUUGUCCAAUUGGAGCACUGUAGAUUCAAAUCCGUGCCAAUGGUACGGCAUUUCUUGUUCCACGGCUGGUGAUCAUGUUCUUGAGCUAAAUAUUUCAGGGAAAUCUUUAAAGGGUUUUAUCGCGCCAGAGUUGAAGAAGCUGUCAGGUUUACAACAAUUAGUUUUGCAUGGGAACCUGUUGAUGGGCUCCAUACCUAGUGAGAUUGGCUUAUUGAAGAACCUCAAGGUUCUCGAUUUGAGAUCAAACCGGCUAACCGGGAAAAUUCCACCCGAGAUUGGGAACUUAAGCAGCAUCCUGAAAAUAAAUCUCGAAUCCAAUGGGUUGAGUGGAAAGUUACCUUAUGAGCUUGGUAACUUGAAAUACCUUGAGGAGCUUCGAUUGGAUAGGAAUAGGCUAAUGGGAACAGUGCCUGCUCGUAAUAGCUCGGAUAAUGUUUAUGCUUCCAGUUCUCUUGGAAUGUUUGCUUCAAAUGGAACUACUAUGGGAUUUUGUCGAUUCUCUCGACUCAAAGUAGCUGACUUCUCAUAUAAUUUCUUGGUUGGAAGCAUACCCAAGUGCUUGGCAUAUCUUCCGAGAUCAAGUUUUCAGGGUAAUUGCCUGCAAGUCAAAGAUAUCAAGCAACGGUCAAUUGCACAAUGUGUUGCUUUUAUUUCGGGUGGUCCUCCCCCCACAAAAGCCCAUGCAGAAGUGAUGUCCAAGCCAUUGCCUACUAAGGAGGAACCAAAGCAUAAAGUUCGUUCAUCUAAACCCGCAUGGCUUUUGGCCCUUGAAAUCGCGACUGGAAUUAUGGUGGGCCUAAUAUUCGUCAUUGCUCUCUUUACUGCCGCACGAAAGUUUAAGAAGAAACCUUCGAACAUCAUCGGAUGGAAGAAGUCCUCGAGUUCUAAGGACAACUUGAUGAUUUACAUAGAUUCCGAAUUACUUAAGGAUGUGACGAGAUACAGCAGAUCAGAACUCGAAGUAGCCUGUGAAGAUUUCAGCAAUAUCAUUGGAUCUUCUCCCGAUAGCAUCGUUUAUAAAGGCACAACAAAAGGGGGGGCCGAAAUUGCGGUUAUAUCUCUUUGCUUGAAAGACGAGCAGUGGAAUGGCUACCUCGAGCUUUAUUUUCAGAAAGAGGUUGCGGGAUUGGCAAGACUGAAUCAUGAUAAUGUGGGGAAAUUNGGCGAAGCGUGUCAAUUCUCUUGGACACGGCGCAUGAAGAUUAUUGUUGGGAUUGCUCGGGGUUUAAAGUAUCUUCACACAGAGCUCGACCCGCCAUUUACUAUAUCCGAACUGAACUCGAGCUCGAUUUAUCUGACUGAUGAUUUUUCUCCCAAGCUUCUCGACUUUGAAUGCUGGAGAACGAUCAUUUCAAGAUCAGAAAAGAGCUCGGGCGCCUUAAGCAAUGAAGGCUCGGUUUGCAUUAUCCCGAAUUCUCUAGAAGAACGUAAUAUCGAUGUCCAAAGCAACACUUACGCGUUCGGUAUGCUUUUACUUGAGAUAAUCAGUGGCAGACUUCCAUACAGCCAGGAUAAAGGGUGCUUGGUCGAUUGGGCUAAGGAAUAUUUGGAGUUGCCAGAAGUGAUGUCGUAUGUGGUGGAUCCCGAGUUGAAACACUUCAAUUACGAGGAACUGAAGGUGAUAUGUGAGGUUGUGAUCCUAUGCAUUUAUCCCCACACGAGCACACGGGCGUCCAUGCGGGACUUGUGCGCGAUGUUGGAAAGUAGAAUUGACACGUCAGUGUCUGCGGAUAUCAAGGCAUCCUCGCUGGCAUGGGCUGAGCUGGCACUUUCGUCUUAA